AUGCCAGCCGCAUCUCCUCAGACGGUGAAACUGAAAUCGACUCUCCGCCUCCUGAUCCCGCGUCUGCGCAAUGCACAGAAGAAAGACACGGCACUCUCGGUGAGCGCGCGGCGCGAGAUGGCCGAACUGCUCGCCCAGUCGCGCGAGGCGUCGGCGCGCAUCCGCGUCGAAAACAUCAUCCACACGGACAUCACGGUGGAGCUGAUGGAGAUCCUCGAACUCUACGCCGAACUGUUACUCGCGCGGGCGGGCCUGCUGGACGUGCGGGACAAGAACAUCAAGGAAGGCACGACGGCACACCACGUAAACGGCGGCGACGAUGACCCUACGACGGGCUUGGAAGAGGCCGCGGCCAGCAUCAUCUACUCGGCGCCUCGGCUGCCGCGCGACGUGCGCGAAUUGGGCAUCGUACGCAACAUGCUGAUCGACCGGUUUGGCAAGGACUUUGCCGUUCGCGCAAACGAGAAUCAAGACAACUGCGUUCCCGCGCGCGUCGUGGAGAAGUUAAAGGUCGACCCGCCGAGUGCGAAGCUCGUGCAGGCGUACCUCGAGGAGAUCGCACGGACGUAUAGUGUCGACUGGCCGCCGCACAGGGAGAGCGAACAAGUCGAGGCGUUGGGCGACGAAGUGGACGGCGAGGACCGGGACGAUGAUCUCGGAGGAGGAGGUGCCCGGGUCAAGGAGGAGGCAUCUAAUAUCAUUCUCGCCGACGGAGCAGCACCACCACCACCAGCCACACCCUCGAGGCCGCCGAACAAGAUUGACAUUGGGAAUCUGCAGCAUGCGACGCCCCCGACGAGUCUGGAGCCCGGGGGAGCAAAGAGCCCUGUCUCGGUGGCGCCGCCUGGCGCGAGGUCGGACAAUUUAAGCCCCAAGGUCAAAUUGCCUGGGGGAGGAGAGGUGGGCAAGACCAACAACGGUGGUGCGAAAUCAGCAGCAGCAUCUACGGGCACGGUCAAGAGCAAGAGUCCAGCCUCUUCAAGUGGAGGUGGAGGCGGAAGUGCAGGAGCAGUUCCUGGCAAGGUACCUACCGUCGACGACUUGGCGAAAAGGUUCUCGGCGCUGAAGAGAUAG